AUGAUGGUGGAAUCGGCUUCGGAGACCCUACGAACGACGCCGUCCAGUCAGAAUGGAGUCAGCAGCCUCACCAGCCAAUCAGAUGGGGGCGGAGGCAGAGAGGGCGGGUCCAACGGCGACGCCAACGGAGAGAUCAGCCCGGUAGAUUUACUCCACCUGCAGCAGCAACAGGCGUUACAGGCGGCCCGACAGUUCCUCCUGCAGCAGGCCUCGGGACUCAACUCUCCGAGCAGCACUGAAAUCAAGCAGAGCCCUGUGCAGGUGCCGGUGUCCAUGGCGAUGAUGAGUCCUCAGAUGAUCACUCCUCAGCAGAUGCAGCAGAUCCUGUCCCCGCCACAGCUGCAGGCUCUUCUCCAGCAGCAGCAGGCACUGAUGCUGCAACAGUUGCAGGAGUACUACAAGAAGCAGCAGGAGCAGUUGCACCUCCAACUUUUGUCCCAACAACAACAACAACAACAGCAGCAGCAGCAGCAACAGCAGCAACAGCAGCAGCAGGUCAAACAGUCCCCCAAAGAGAUCGAAGCAUUAGUUCAACAGUAUAUUAUGUGGGAUACUAUGGAUAAACCAAGAUCCCAUCACAGCCCUAAGACCAGCCCCAUCAAUCAGAGCAGAUUACUGUCACCGCCUCACCACAGGGGGCUCCACCACAGCGCUGAAACAAGUAUCAAACCUCUGGGCAGUAAACAGCUGGCCUUCCAACAGCAGCUCAUCCAGAUGCAGCAGCUUCAGCAGCAGCACCUCCUCAACCUCCAGAGACAAGGCCUGGUGCCGAUGCAGCCCACCGCCGCCAUGCAGUCACUCCAACAAGCGAUGUGCCCGUCGGACCUGCAGCAGCUGUGGAAGGAGGUCGCUGGUGUCCCGAGCUCCGAAGAGUCUUUGAAGCAGGCGGAAGGGCUGGACCUAAGCACCUCCAGCUCCAACACUACCUCAGCCUUCCCCAAAACCCCCAGUGCCCAUCUGCCCCUGCACGCCCUGGCCAACGGGCAGAGCCACACGCCCAAGAGGCAAGACAGAGCCCGACUGUUCGAGUGGAUCUCGUCCUUCACUAAAGCCGACUGUGCGGACGACCAGAUCAGCCUGUACAGUAAAAGCCAGCCGCCCAGCAGCCAUCAUGAAGAGCACUCGGGCUCCCACCCGCUGUACGGACACGGAGAGUGCAAGUGGCCUGGAUGUGAAGCUCUGUGCGACGACAUGGGACAGUUCAUCAAACAUUUGAACAACGAACACGCGCUGGACGACCGCAGCACGGCCCAGUGUCGAGUGCAGAUGCAGGUGGUGCAGCAGCUGGAGAUACAGUUAUCCAAAGAGAGCGAGCGGCUGCAGGCCAUGAUGGCUCAUCUCCACAUGAGGCCUUCGGAGCCCAAACCCUUCAGCCAACCAUUGAACCUAGCCUCCAGCGCCGCCCUGCUGAAGCGGGAGAGUGAUGCAUAUUCCGAGGGGCUGCAGCACCCGCCCACCUCGGCCGCGACCCCCAUCACCCCCCUGCGCUCGGGCCCCUCCGUCAUCAGCUCCUCGGGCCUGCACCCGCACGCCCACUCGCACGGCGUGGGACCCAUACGCAGGCGCAACUCCGACAAGUACUGCACGCCCAUCGCCUCAGAGUUGGCUCAGAACUGCGAGUUCUACAAAAACGCUGACGUCAGACCUCCAUUCACGUACGCCUCCCUUAUACGCCACGCGAUACUGGAGUCUCCAGACCGGCAGCUGACUCUGAACGAGAUCUACAAUUGGUUCACGAGAAAGUUUGCCUACUUCAGGAGAAACACCGCCACAUGGAAGAAUGCCGUGCGUCACAACCUGAGCCUGCACAAGUGCUUUGUGCGCGUGGAGAACGUGAAAGGUGCCGUGUGGACCGUGGACGAGGUCGAGUACCAGAAGAGGAGACCACCAAAGAUGACCGGAAGCCCCACUCUGGUGAAGAAUAUGAUUUCCGGCCUAGGGUUUGGUUCUCUAAACGCCAGCUACCAGGCGGCGCUGGCGGCUGAGAACAGCCUGUCUCUCCUGAGCAGCUCCCUGGUGUCUCCUCCGUCUGCUCCCAGCCUCAACAUGCUGCAUGUGGGACACGACGACGUCAGCUCCACAGUGGAACAAGUGCACAGCAACGGCAGCUGCAGCCCCACCCUCAGUCCUCAGCAGUACAGCCACCCGGUGCACGUGAAGGAGGAGCCCACCGAUCUGGAGGAGGACAGCAGACCCAUGUCCCUGCUCACCGGGGUCUCACACAGCCUGCCCCUGCCCAGCGACGAGAGGGACCUGGAGGAGGACAUGCCCACGGAGGAGCUGCUGGAGUAG